AGAUUCUGUGAUAAGAUAAGAUUUUGAUAAGAAUCAAAUUUAAUAAUGAAUGCACCUCCAACAUUUGAAUCAUUUUUAUUGUUUGAAGGUGAAAAGAAGGUCUUGAAGGAAAUUGACACAAAGGUCCCAAAUGCUGCUAUUUAUACCAUCAACAAAGAAGAUCACACUCUUGGUAAUAUGAUCAGGAUGCAACUUCUAAAAGAUCCCAGUGUCAUAUUUGCUGGCUACAAAAAUCCUCACCCUCUUGAGCACAAAGUUGUCCUCAGAAUACAGACGGCAGACACUAACUACACGCCCCACGAUGCCUUCAUGCACGCCAUCACAGAUUUGAUAUCAGAGCUCUCCUUGCUGGAGGAGCGCUUCAGAGAAGCCAUCAGAGAGAAGAAGGAGGGACUUGAGUAAAUUUAAGCUCGCAUAAACUUGUAGCGUUUCCUAACUUAGAACGGUGUAUGCCUAUUUUGAGUGUCAGCCCAUUUGAUCUCGACAGAAUUAAAAGAACAAUACCAUUCUUUCACUCAUCUGGUUAGUAAUAUUUCUUUUAAAAAGUUAUUGCAAAAUAAUAGUAAACUGCAAUAUUAUUCAUCCUCUAAAAUAUGAUUUUUUAAAAGCUAACUCAUACUACUAGCAAUUUUAACAAUCGGCAUAAGCUGGUGCUGUAAAAGUCGAAAAAUUAUGUAAAAUAGAACAUUAAUCAAUUUCAUGGUCUCCAUUACAAAUUACGAAAUAAUUGUACACGUUGGUGUCAUCUGUUAUUUAUGAAGCCAAUUUAGUUGGGAAGAAGCGAGUCAAAUUUGAGAUGAAGAUGAUGAUAAUAAUAAUUCUACGAUAGGCGAGACGCGCCGUUUUGAGACAGAAAUUUAACAAUUAAUGUAUUGAAUCAAUAAUUAAUUCUAUUAUAAAGCAGUAAAAUUCAAUCAAAUGCAUUUAUUAUUGCUUGAUUCAAAAGAAUAUAAAACCGCAUUGAAACCAUUUCGAUAACUAAAUUCUGGGCAACACAUUUUUAUGUUUAUGUAAUUUAUCUAAAAAAAAAUACUGUUGAAACAUCGCUCUUGCUCAUAAAAAUUUGCGUUAUAUGGUUAUAAAAUUAGAGCUCAUUGGGAAACAAGAAAGGCAUUCAAGAUCUGUAAAAUAUACUAGUUUUGUCUUA